CCGCCUCUGUCACAGGAUGAGGUCGUCACCAAGCGGAGGAACAAAGAUGAGGUUCGAACCGUGUUUGAGUGCUACCGUCGCAUCAAGCUCUUCUUGUCAAAGAAGGAGAGUGCUUUCAUCCAUGACAUUGAACAGAGCUUCUUCGCUCUCAUCAAUGCUUCCAGAGGUUGUUUGAGUGGACAAAGAAUCGCGGCUGAUGUUAUUCCUCGAUAUGCAUUCCACUGUCCAACAGCUUUAGAAGCUGCUGCUAAAGUGGUUAUCAAUAUGUAUAACUGGAGUUCCACACUAAUCAGUAGAGGAGAAGAUGCUGAUGGUGUUGCAUUUGAAACUGCUAGAGCUUGUAUUUUUGGCUUAGCUGAUAUUUGCUGUGCUGCUUCUUCAGUGGCACCAAAAUCUGCUGUAAUCAGAGGAAUUUGCUCUGCAGUUUUUCAGAAUGUGCUAUCCUUUUUCAUAUCUUUACUUGAGGGAAAGGACGCCUUACAGGUGUUCGAUAAGAGUUUCCUGAAAAUGCAAGAUUCCCCUGAUGAAUUUUCUAAGUUGAAGCAAAAAGUUUUAGAUGAAGAUGAGCCCUCAUUGACUAAAUUGUCAAAACUCCAUGCAGUAUGUUUAUUUUGGAUAUUCUUCUCUUGCCCAAAAGACAUGCUUGCAGCUUGUUUGGAGCUCUUAGGCUCUGCCACAAAGGAGGGUGCCUCUGAACAAGGACAAUGUUUUCUGAGCCUGGUGACUAGAAAUGUUUUGGUUGAUGAAGCAGUUUGCUUUCUGGAUAAUGUUAAUGGCGGAUCUAAGCCAGGUACAGGUUCAACAGAUUCAGCUAUCCGCGAAAACGAGGUUGAUGAGGAAAUAAUGACAGAUGUCAUCCGAGUUGCCGAUGUUGAUUCGUCUAUUCCAAAGAGUUGCUUGCUCACACUGGUCCUCGACAAAGAUCCCUCACUACAGAAAUGGAUGUCACGCAAAUCUAAGAAGUUAUUGGACUUGCCUACUACUGCUUCAAUGGAAAUUACAGCAGUACUUCUAGGAAUUCUUGGAAAGUUUGUUCCACAAACUGAUUUGGAAGACUACCAACCAGAUAGUGAUGAAGAUAGAUCUGAUUCUUUGAUUUACACAAAUAGGAACUAUGCGGUACCUAGGAUUUCAGAGGAACGUGACAGUAUUGGUGAAACAUCUGGAAGAGUUUCUCUUGGCACCAACCCUGUAUCAAAAGUAGGUUCGCAUUUCGACAAUGGAGCUUCAAGGCCCAUGGGCAUUGAGAUGGGGGAGGGAGGGAGUAUGUCCCAUGCUAGAUGUUCCACACCUAGGGAUUCAGCAACCCAUCAAAUAACCUCAUCUUCAAUGAAGACACCAUUUGGCUCUAGGAGUAAUUCAUUUGAAGCUGCUUCAACAAAAAGUCAAACUGUCUGGUGCCUUGAUGGGGAUCCUGCUGCCAUGGAUAUUGUCUCUGCUUCAACAAGGCUCUGGGUUGGUUUUAUACCACCUGACGUGCCUGAAAGCCAUAUUAGGUUUCAAUCAGAAAGAUAUGGUCAAAUUGAACGGUUUGUUUUCUUCCCCAUGAAAGGUUUUGCCUUUGUUGAGUACAGAAGAAUCAUUGAUGCAAUCAAAGCUAGACACUAUCUACCGGGAAACUUCCCGUGUCGUGUAAGAUUCAUCGAUACAGGAUUUGGAACUAGGGGUGCAAUGAAUGGUGUUGCCAUUGGCUCUAGUUCUCAUAUCUAUGUUGGAAAUAUUUCUUCUCAAUGGGCCAAGGAUGAGAUCCUACAUGAAUCAAGAAAAGUAAUCCAUAAAGGUCCUCCUGCACUUAUUGAUCUCAGCUGUGAGUGUGCAUUACUUAUGGAAUUUGAAACUCCUGAAGAAGCUACCUCUGUCAUGUUGCAUCUGAGACAGUUUCGAAGAGAAAGAAGCAACUAUAACUUACAUUUUGGCCCAGGAACAGUUAAUGCUGGAAUUGGGCACCCGUAUAUGGACGGUUCAAGGUCUGCAUCUGCCCCUUCCCAUCCUGACCUUAAAGUUAGCAUCCCAACAAACAUGUCACAUGGUAUUUCUGGAUCACCUCAUGCUCGAACGUUAUCAGCUGGAUCACCUCAUGCUCGAACCUUACCCGUGAGCCCUGCUGACAGUUCUCGCACAAGGAUGUCUCACUUGUCUUCGUUGCUAGCUUCAUUGUGUACAAAAUACAAUAUUAAUCAAAACAUAGGUCUCCAUGAUCACUAUAUGACUGGAACUGGUAACAGUUAUGCUCCUUCGAUGCGUGAUGAAGAUACAGCACCAUCGAGUACUUUGUGGAUAACUAUUCCAUGGAGUAGCUCUCAAUUCCUCACAGAUGAUGAACUAAUGACUAUCUGCAAUCUUGCUAUUGGAGGCUCUGGCUCCAUUUUGCGCUUGACACAGGCAAACAUGCAGAUGCCGUGUGGUUGGUUUGUUGAAUGCAGUAAUACUGAUGGUGCAGUUUCUGUUCUAAAGAAUCUUCGUAGUUGUCCAGGGUUGUUCUUCCAAGUAGAAUUCAGUAAAUCUGGAAAUCAGACUGCCGGACCUUCUUCAGCCAAACCAGAGGGCAACUCCAUGGAACUAGUAUCCCCCAGAACAAAUUCCCAGAAUCACAGUAGUGGAAUACACCGUGCACCUCCACCCCAGUCGAACUGGCAUUUUCCUGGUUCCAGUAACAUGCCAGAAGUUGGAGCAAGGAAAACUGAUGGUUAUGAUAAUGUAUCACUAGACACUCAUCAAGGAGCUAACAUUCAACAUAUGUACUCUGGAACUCAAGGACCUUCCAUUCCGCCACCACAACAAAUUCAGUCAGCUCCCUUCAUUCGCCCUGUUUAUGCCCCUCCAAAUGGUCCGUGGGAUCCACGUGGAAUAAAUAAUCCUUUACCUGCCAAUCACUUCACGCCUGGAGUGAUGCCUAAUAAUCAUUUACCAUUUAUACCUGCUUCAGUAACUCCACUUGCUCACAUCCAGGGAACCCCAAUGCAUCCUUAUGGCCAGCUGAUGCCCCCACCAGUAAUGGCACCACCUUUGGCUUCCUUACCACAUCCUCAGCUUGAAAUUCCACCUCCACCUCCACCUCCACCUGCACGUCUGCCUUCUCCACCACCCUUGCCCCAAACUCAGCCACCCAUGGUUCCUCCACCACCUGGUUCUCCUCCACCUCCUCCUCCACCAUUGCCUGCUCAGGAAGCAGUUAGUAUGGAAUGUUCAGGGCAGUCUCUGCAGUAUCAGUGGCAGGGGGCUCUUUGUAAAAGCGGGGUUAACUACUGCACAAUUUAUGCAUGCCGAGCAGAUUCAAAUGUUUGCAAAUACACAAAUGCCACACCUGAACCUUCUGAGUGGCCCACAAAACUAGACAUGACUAAACGCACUGAUAUUCGACAUGUGAAAUCAACAUUUGCAGCUACACCACCUAACAGGAGGGAAGUGUGCCGUUUAAUCCCAUCUUCCCCAAGUGAACACAAACGGUUUCAGGAUUUCAUAACAUACUUAAAGCAGAGGGAUUGUGCCGGAGUCAUUAAAAUCCCAGCCGCAAAAUCCAUGUGGGCAAGGCUGCUCUUCAUACUCCCAUACUCGCCUGAAACAUGCACUUUGCUUUCUAUUGCACCACAUCCAUCUGAUUGCCUCAUCGCUUUGGUUCUUCCAAAAGAAAUGAACUUUGAGUGGGCAUGAUACUAUGAUAGUUGUUGUGGAUGAAAUAGGAUUUGUAAUUAUGUAAUGAAUGAAAUUUGAAUAAAAUGUAGUGUGUAAAUAAAGUUAUGAGGAGAAGUCAAUAUUAGUUUAUGAAAUACUAAUUUACCUGUAAUAUAUAUAUAACUCCUCCUUAGAAGUCAAAAUAUUAGUUUAUGAAAUACUAAUUUACCUAUAAUAUAUAUAUAUAACUCCUCCUUUGCAGUCAGCAUG